AGAGUUUUUCCUACGUGUCACUCUUGUCCUGAUAACGUUGAAGAUUUUCUGCCUGCCAAGUCCAUGUAUUAUAAAGUUCACCGGAAUGCCUCCUUUUGCUGGAACUUCUUCGCAAUGCUCUACAAUAGGGGACGGUGACAGCAAGUGUCACUUGUAAUUAAGGCCUGGCAUCUUGGACUGGUAUAAUAAGGGUUAAGGUCCUUUCACUUUUUUUCCUUUGUCAGUCUUUUCUCCUACUCUCACCCGGCCUGUAAGCUCUUUUCUUUUUGUGAAAUUGAGAAACUUGCUGAGCCUCCCCCCCUCCCCCCCUCAGGUCAUCUCAUUCUACAGGAAAAAGAAACAAGCUUGAAUCGAACAGGAAGCUCUCUCUAUUUCACGCUGCCGGUUUGUAGAAUUUUUCUAGCAUAUUGUCUGUAUCCAGCUCCAGUCCUGAUCUGUAGGAGGAAGGAUGUGGGAGGCCAUCCCAGCUCCCUACAUCUCUCUGGCUGCCUCCUAGGAGCCGUACUGCUCAGUAGGUUGGAAUGACACCCAUGUCCUAGGAUGGGCUGCUGCAGUGUGACCGCCAGGGGCUCAAACACCAGCAAUGAUGGCCACGAAGAGGUGGAACUGCUCAAGAGAGACAACCGAAACAAGUUGGCAGAUAAUUCUCAUUGUACUCCUUCUCCAAAUGGAGGACCAUGCUGUAUUCCAGAAGAGCUGGCAGGAGGGCUUCUAACUCCUGGAAUAUUGGACCCUCAUACAGUCCAUACACAGUUUGUAUCUAAGCCUAUCCUAUUUUGGGGACGAACUCGCGAAAAUCUAAAUGAAAUGAUUUUGAUAGAGCCAAUCCUAGGCUGGGAAGGACGAGAAAUUAAAUCUUAUGGAAAUGUGGCUAUGUCUUCUUUAGCAGUUAUGCAAAUUAGCCAUACACAGGAAAUGACAGAGGUCUUCAUGGUUCUCUUCCCUCUCCACUUACUAAUUUUGUCCAUGGAUCACCAAGAGAGGCGAUUUAUGUAUCAGGGACUUUUACCUCUUUCUGGAAUGGAAGUAGUUUGUGACCAAAGAAAUAAUGGCUAUAGUUUUGAAAUCAGCGGCCCAAUGAUAGAGCCACGGCAGGUGUCCUGUCUCAGCUCCAGUGAGAGGAGUCUGUGGAUUUCAGCUCUACACGACCACAUCCAGGCGGCCAAUACCCAUUACUCCCCAGCCUCUCCAUCUAUCAGCAUCUUGUCUUAUUUAAUUCCCUGUGACCAUUUGUGGAAGAAGAAGGAGCUAGUGAGGUAUCUGUCAUCAUGCCCCAUCUUGAAUUGGGAAGGCAAGGCGAUCCAACACAUGGGUAGCGCCGUCUACCUUUCUGUAGUGAGAGCAGCUCACACGAUAGAUGGAGAUUUUGAGGAUCGGAUUCUGGUGCUUUUUCAGGAAGAUCUAAUCUUCCUGUCUGUCGAUCCUGAUAGAACAACUGUUAUGCACCAUGGUACCCUGCCAUUAAAUGCAAUUCAUAUUGAAGGAGGUCUAGCUUGGAAUGGAAGACUGGAAUUUCAAAUUACGGGUGAUCUUAUGGAGCCAAUCUUAAUUUUGUGUUUGACACCAGAAGAUUACAGUAAAUGGACUUAUUAUCUUCAAAAGCCACAGCAAAUCCACUGUGGUGUCGGUCUGCAUCCUCUGCCUUCUGUGCCGCCCAAAUAUCGAAGGUAAGAAGAUAGAGUGUGGAAAAUGAUUACUGUGACAGUCUUCCUGGACAAAUGUCAAAGUACGAUAGACGUCAACAGAAGAGGAAGCCAGCUGGAGGAGUCACUGGACGCUCUGCUCUGCGUCACCGCUCACAUGAUUGGUUGUAAUGGUAGACUGUGAAAAAGAAUACAAAAAAGAGGAAGUGCAAGUGUAAAAUGUUUAACAAUGGAGAAUAUAAAUAAUGCAAGACGAUGGAACCAGAGAUAAAAAUUCAUCCUCAUGUCUGUGACCUCCUGACAUUCUCCUACCCUCUAUUACAAAAAGAUGUCAGCUGAGAUAAAAUCAAUACAAAAAGUCUAAAUAC